AUAAUUUCAAAUUUUCUUUAUCAGUAAAUUCGAUAAUGGCUUCAUGUGUACGUGUUCCUUUUUUGUUAUUUUAUAAUUAAUGCUAGUUUAACUGGCCAAAAUAUGGUAAAUAAAUCAGGAAAAUCAUUUAAACUUCGCCAAAAUGCUAGUCAAAGUAGUACGAGAAAGGAACCGAAGAACAAUAACAAGAAAGUUGCUAAAGUGCAAUCUAAAAAAACUGAAAAGGAGGCAAACAAUUUAGUUUAUCCUGGAGGUGAUACAGCAUUUAAGGCAAUAUUGUCUGCUCGUUUUUGUGCAGCUAUUUGGUCUCACAUAACCGAUUGCGAUGAAACUUUUAACUAUUGGGAGCCUACUCAUUAUCUAGUUUUUGGUAAGGGGCUACAAACCUGGGAGUACAGUCCUCAAUUUGCAUUAAGGUCUUAUACAUAUUUAUUAGUACAUGCAAUCCCAGCAUAUAUUUAUCACAAAAUACUACAACCAAAUCCACUACUCAUUUUUUACUUUAUCAGAUGUUUACUGGGGUUAGCAUGCUCUUUUGCAGAAGUGUAUUUUUAUAAGGCAGUUUGCAGAGAGUUUGGUGUACAUGUUGGUAGGUUGUGCUUAGCUUUUCAGUUAUUUUCAGCUGGAAUGUUUAUAUCAAGCACAGCAUAUUUACCCUCAUCGUAUGCCAUGUAUACAUUUGCUGCUGCAUGUGCAGCAUGGUGGCAACAAAAAUAUCCAUUGGCAAUUUUCUUCACUGCAUUGGGGUCACUUUUAGGUUGGCCUUUUGCUGCUCUUUUAGGUGUUCCCAUAGCAUUUGAUAUGUUGUAUUGUCAGAAAAUGUAUAAAGAUUUCAUUCAGUGGUCUGUUAUAUCUGCAGUGACAGUUUUAGGACCCAUGGUGGCCAUAGAUUCUAAAUAUUUUGGAAAACUAACCAUUGCUCCUUGGAAUAUUGUUAAAUAUAAUGUUCUAGGGGGUGCAGGUCCUGAAUUGUAUGGCAAAGAACCAUUUUCUUUUUAUAUAGUGAAUGGCUUUCUUAAUUUUAAUUUUGUUUGGGUUUUAGCUCUACUUUCACCUGUAGUCCUUGCUCUAUCUCAUAUCUUGGUACCUGCAAGAAAUAGGGCUACUUUAAUGUUACCUCAUACACUUUCUUUAGCACCAAUGUUUUUAUGGUUGGUUGUUUUCUUAUUUCAGUCUCAUAAGGAGGAAAGGUUUUUAUUUCCAAUUUAUCCCAUGAUAUGUUUAGCGGGUGCCAUAUCUGUAGAUGUUGUACAGAAGCUUAUAUUUAGACUGUUAUGCCUCUUGAGUACAAAACGCAUUGGCUUUAUAAAAAUUUCUCCUAGUUCACAUUAUCUAGAUUCAACUGCAUUUGUAAUGUUUGCUGCAGUCACUAUUUGCAGUUUAAUCGGUAUAUCUCGUAUAUUUUCCCUGUAUAAAAAUUACCAUGCACCUUUAGACUUAACAAUGGAAUUAAACAGAUUUCCAUUGGAGGGAAAAUUUCCCAAUGAGUCCCAAGUGAAUGUAUGUUUAGGUAAAGAUUGGUAUCGUUUUCCUGGAUCUUUUUUCUUGCCAAAUACAAAUUGGAAUGUGCGUUUCAUAAAAUCAGAAUUUGACGGAAUGCUACCCGCUCCUUAUACAGAAUCGGAAAAUGGUACGCAGAUAAUUCAUGCCCAUUUCAAUGACAAAAAUGAAGGAAAUUCGAGUACUCUUUUUAAUAUUAAUAAAUGUCACUUUUUGUUGGAUUUGGAUCAGGGAAAAGAAUCCAACUUGGAGCCUAAUUAUGCUAAACAGACCGAAAAAUGGAAAAUUGUCAAAACUUUGCCAUUCUUGAAGGUGGAAAGUUCGCACCCCUUUUUUAGAGCGUUUUACAUUCCUUUCUUAAGUCAUAAAUACUUAGAAUAUGGUAAUUUUAAUCUGUUGCAAAGCUCAAAAGUGAAGUAAAAACUAAUAUACAAGUAGUGAUAAGCUUUGAUAAUAUAUCUAUAUAUAGAGGAACUAUGAAAAUAAAUAAGUGUUGUCUUGUGA